GGCAGAGUCAACCCCAGAGGCUAACGGUGACAACUAUUUAUCUAAACAAGCAACGUCUAGGGAUGUCACAUGACUGCACCGCUUAUCACGCUGUUCGACCAGGAAGUACGUUCUUCUGUAAUGUGAGCUCGAUAAACAUCUCAGGGUUCAGCUGACACGGACUAUCAAAAUGGUGUCACUAAUUUGCACGAUCAGGGACCACAGAGAUGACAUAAACGGGUGUGCCUUCUCUCCGAACCUGUUGGCAACUUGCUCUUCUGACAAGACAAUUCGCGUCUAUUUUACACAGGACUUCUCUGAGCUCGCGUUUUCACCGCUUAAUGGGCACGGGUAUGGAGUCCAUUGUUGUUGCUUUAGUCCCUGUGGGAAGUACUUAGCAUCCUGCUCAACAGACGCCACAACAGUAGUUUGGAGGAUGGAUACCGGUGACUUGGUGACGGUGUUUGAGCACCCAGGGCGAAGCCCUGUCAGGGUGUGCGUUUUUUCCCCUGAUUCUUCUUUGGUCUCAGGUGCGUCUGAUGGGACGCUCGCUCUUUGGGACAUGCAGUCAAAAACGUUGCGCAGGACUGCUGCAAGUAACGAAGCCUCGAUUGUAGCGUGUUCCUUCACUCCAUGUGGUCAAAUGAUUGCAACUGGGUCAACGUAUGGUGAUAUUAGGGUCUGGGACUUGGAACUGAAUCCUCUUCAGGCUGAGAAGAAUGCCCAUGAUCUGGGGGUCACCUGCUGUCAAUUUGCUCCCAAGAUCCAGAGUGACGGGUGUUGGUUGCAUUUUCGACUGGCUUCCUGUGGGCAGGACAGCACGCUGAAGAUCUGGAUGCUGUUUCGGCAAGCUGCAACAGGGUGUAAGAUGCAGCUGCUGCACACGCUGGUGGGACAGUCUGCGCCUGUGCUCUCCUGCGCUUUCUCUGCUGAUGCACAGCUGCUCGUCUCUGGCUCGGUGGAUAAAACUGUCACUGUGUAUGAUGCUAACCGAGGGGCUUUGCUUUAUACUUUAAACCAGCAUGAAAGAUAUGUGACAGCCUGUUCCUUUUCAACCACGGCUCCUUGCCUGAUAGCCACAGGAUCCAUGGACAAGACUGUGAACAUCUGGCGGGUGGAGGAUGGGGUCAGUGGGCACGGAGAUGAAGGGAAGUCCCUGCUCGGUGAAAGCAGCAAGGCCACCUGUGAAGACAAGAAGCUGCCGGGUCACUCGAGGUUGCUGGUGUGCGACUGGUCAGAGGAGGACGUCUCGGCUUGGCUGAGUGCAGAGGGGCUGGAGGUAUUGGUCGGCUCAUUCAAGGCCAACAACAUCGACGGAGGAGAGCUGAUCUCCCUGACCAAAGACACUCUGGCUUCAGAGAUGAAUAUAGAUUCGGUAGGCCUUCGAAAUAAAGUGAUGCGCAAGAUUGAGGAGCUGAAGAUGUCGUUGGUUUGCACCGGCAUCCCAGAUGAGUUCUUGUGCCCCAUCACCAGGGAGGUUAUGAAGGACCCUGUUAUAGCUGCUGAUGGCUUUUCCUAUGAGAGAGAAGCAAUUGAAAGCUGGAUCAACAGCAAGAAUCGAUCCAGUCCGAUGACAAACUUACCAUUACAGACAACUGUGGUCACUCCAAACAGAACCUUGAAGAUGGCUAUUGGCCGCUGGAAGAGCAGCCAGUGAUUAGCAGCUUUUUCCUCAAUGUUUUCCAAUAUUUGAGAAUGGGAAGAUUUUUCUUUUACUGCCUCUCUCUCAACUAAGGUUUCAGAUGUAUCUAUAGGAAUAUAGACAUAGUAUGCAUGAAUAUUUCUCUCCUGUAUGUGUAUAUACCUGAGGAUGUGUAGUUAUUUUUUACAAAAAGCUGUAUGAACAUGGCGUUUCUGACUGCUCCAUAAUUGUACUGUUGCUAAAAUGAGAUGCUGAUGGGAAUAUCACUGUGGAUGUUUAUUAGAUUUUUACCCUGUUGCUGUGGUAAAUGAGGACUUAUUUUUGUUAAAUGACCAUGAGACACUCUAUAUACCACCUGAUGUUAUAGCAGAAUAGUGCUAUAAAUGUUAAAUGUUGUCUUUACUUCAAAGAAUAUGUAAUCAUUUUGGGCCUGGUUAAAUAACUUGUCUUUACACAAGUUGAAAAUGAGUGCCAAAAUAGGUUAAUCAUUUAAGUGAUGUCCUGGGUAUGAAUGUAUGACUGCAUUAAUUGCCAUAUAAUAACUUAAAAGUUUAAAGUUUAAAUAAAAAUAUUUUCGGCCAGGCUAAAUUCUCAUUCUUCCAAGAGAAUUUAUCCCGGUCUUCUCAAAUCAGCUAUUAAAAAAAUUGUGAGAAUCAUAAGAUUCAGCCUUUAUAAUAAUGUUCGGAAAACUUUGAAUAUGGAAGUUGAAUUGGGCGCAUUGAUUUCAUUAUAUUGGCUGCAUCCAAAACUGCAGAAAUGCUGCCUUCUUCGGCAGUAUUCUAAGUUUGGAAGGCAUCACAUCCCAUUCCAAAGUGUGCAAAAAAUUUUGGUUUUGAAGGUGCUUUCAUUUGACCGAUUUUGAAGGCAGCAUCAAUGCAUGUCGGAUAUCCCACAAUUAUUUUCGAUUAACCUUGUGCUUCUUACUUCCAUUAAUUUAAUAGCUGCUGAAAACAGUGGUGGUGUUCGCCAAGAACUGUAAAAGAGCUAGUACAACUACACAGCGAACUCAAUAUUUUGUUAGUUAUAUAUUUUUUGACAUAUUAAUUACUUAACACACUGAAAAUACUUUAAUAUUUUUAAGCCUCCGUGAGCUUUCUAUGAACUAGCCAGGUAAAUUGCUUGUAAUCACAUAUCAUGUUGCUUUCACAUUCCUUUUAUUUAUUUAUAAUAAACUUAGGGAAAAUUCUGGUCGCAAAGCAUUGUGGUUCAUAUUCACCACGGUUGUUCACUCGAUUUUACGGUGCAUUGUGGGAUAUAUCUAGUGCCCUCAAAAUGUGAGUCAAAUUAGAUUUUUUAAUUCUAACACUAGAACAAGAUGGCUGACGGCCAAUUUAGUUUACUAUUUAGUAAAUAGGGAGCCAUUUAGGACACUCUGGACGACUCUGGAUGACUAAUCAGGCAGCAAGGCAACAGUGCAUCAGGGCAACUGCCUUCCGUUUGGGGCCAUUGGUUACAUUUAUAGCUAUUUACCCAGCCUUUGGUCAUGUAACAUUAGAAAGUCGUAAGGUUUCCUCCUUUUUAUGAAAGGUGUUUUGCUGAUCUCAUUUUUUGUACAUUUCAUUUAGAAACCAUGCCAUUUUAGACUACAUUGGAGUGUUUUGCUGAAGACCUGUGAUGAUUAAUUCCUGGAAAGAAAAUAUGGCAUCUUGUUUCUGAAAGUGAUAUUGCUACUUUUUAAAUCUAUGGCAUACUAUCCUCCCUCACGACUUAUUGAAGAUACAGUAAAGGCUGUCAGGGUGCUGUAUACCAAGACCAGCAUGAGGCGUAACCAAGUAAAUAUGGGCAACAUCAGUGUGGGUUUUCCUAAUAUGUCAGUCAGAUGAGUUGUAUGUUGAUUUUCAUAUUUUAAAGCUAGCCCAUUGCGGCAAGGGUAAAACCAUGCAUAAUAUACCUUAAAAACAUAUUAAUCAUGACCUCCACCUGUACUAACCAGUUGUGCUAUCAAAACAAGGUCUGAUGAAUUCUGAAAUUCUCUUGUUAGAACCUCCAGACCAUGACUCAACUUCAAAAAUGAGUUCCAACAUAGAGGACUGGUAUUAAUGAGGGACUUUAUUGGCAGUAAUGUUCUAUUACAGUACAGUAUGUGAUAACAGGUAAUGCAGAUCACAAUACUGGAAACAAGUCAACAACUGCAAAUGACAUACAAUAAAAUAUAACUGAUGGCCCCAAUCCCACCAAAUCCA